AUGAAAGUCUUGGAUACAAGCUUCAGUGAGGCUGCCUCUGGGUUCAGUGAAGAGCUUUACGAUGUCACUUGGGAAGAAAUGCAAGAUAAAAUGAGAAAAUGGAGAGAAGAAAACUCCUGAAAUAGUGAACAAAUUGUAGAAGUUGGAGAGGGGUUAAUUAAUGAAUAUGCCUUUACACUUGGAGAUGCUAUUUGGAUCAUAUAUGAACAAGUGGUGAUUGCAGCCCUAGACUAUGGUCGAGAUGACCUGGCAUUGUUUUGUCUUCAGGAAUUGACAAGACAGUUUCCUGGCAGUCACAGAGUCAAACGACUAACUGGCAUGAGAUUUGAAGCCAUGGAGAGAGAUGAUGAUGCUAUACAGCUUUAUGAUCGAAUUUUACAAGAAGAUCCAACUAACACUGCUGCAAGACAGCAUAAGAUAGCCAUUCGAAAAGCCCAGGGGAAAAAUGUGGAGGCCAUUUGGGAGCUGAAUGAGUAUCUGGAACAAUUUGUUAGAGACCAAGAAGCUUGGCAUGAACUUGCAUAACUUUAUAUCAGUGAACGUGACUAUGCCAAAGCAGCCUUUUGUUUAGAAGAGCUGAUGAUGACUGAUCCCCAUAACCACUUAUACUGUCAGCAGAAUGCUGAAGUUAAAUAUACCCGUGGACUUGAAAACCUCGAAAUUUCAAGAAAGUAUUUUGCACAAUCAUUGAAACUAAACAACAGAAAUAUGAGAGCUUUAUUUGGGCUUUACAUGUCUGCAAGUCAUAUCGCUUUGAAUCCAAAAGCAAGUGCAAAAACAAAAAAGGACAACAUGAAAUAUGCUACUUGGGCAGCUAGUCAAAUAAACAAAGCUUAUCAGUUUGCAGGUCGAAGUAAGAAGGAAACCAAAUACUCUCUUAAGGCAGUUGAAGACAUGUUGGAAACAUUGCAGAUCACCCAGUCUUAA